AGAAGGAUGUAUCGUUCGCUAUCAUAGAAACGGAACAUGCGCGACCAACCUAAGGUAGUUUCUUGUGAAAUAUGUUUCUGUGCCGAACAAUCGCUCUUGUCACACUUGUUGCCUCCGUGUACGCGCCCAACUGGUUCAAAAGAAAGAAGUCAAACAAUUCCGCUACAAACCUGCCGCAGUGGUACGGUGCAGUGCCCGUUCAUUGCCUUAUACCAGCUCCUACUGGCCCCUGUCGACCACUACUGUACUAUUAUUAUUACGAUCCAAAAAACGGUGUCUGUAAGGAGGUCGAUCCUACUGUUUGCAGCGCAGGUGCAAACUUGUACAGCACCAAAGAAAGCUGCUACGAAGUCUGCAGCUCGGGACGGGUCCAAAAAGAGACAUACUGCCAACGACCGCCUCUCAUCGGCACAUGCGAACCGGUGCUUCAGACAUGGCACCAUGAUCGUGAUAAAAGAGUCUGCAAAAGACUGAACUACACCAUCUGUAGCCUCGGCAUCAAAGAGUUCGCCACAGAAGAGAUGUGUCUUAUCGUGUGCUUGCAAACAAAGAAGCCUAAGCUUUUGUGCAGCCUGAAGAAAAGGUCUGUGCCAUGCAUGGGUAGAUCACAAACAUGGUACUUUGAUCCCGAGAGCAACGGCUGUUACAGGUUUCCAAGUGGUCGCUGCGCAGCAAAUGACAAUGGUUUCCCAUCCAGACAAAAGUGCCUUGCGAGAUGUAGUUAUGAAAAAUAAUGGACAAGCAGCCUACAACAUCAAGAAAGGCCACGGUAUCUGUAACCAUAUACAAGAUUCCUAAUGAAUUUCAGGCUCCCAUGAAAAGGCGUCCAUAGACUGCGACCUUGAAGUCGUUAUGUGCUGUUUUCCCAUACAAAUUACACACUAGAACAAUCAGUGUUUGUGAAGCAAUCAGCAUUAUCAUCGAAACUCCUGGUGCCAUCACGAACGUUAACAAACUAACUAGUAAUAAUUUUCUUUAGGUCCAAUUUCUCUUGAAGGCAUUUCUUGUGGUUCUAGGUAUCUCUCUAAAGAAUUCCACUACAGACAAAAUGGCUUUAAUAACUGUGGGAAGAAAAAUACUAGAAAUUAGCAAAACAUUCAAGGCAUGUUAUCAUUUAAUUUAUAUUUUAACAAUUUAUCUAAUGUUGUGAACGUCAAAUUAUAUCAGUAUGCUGAUGACACUGUCCUUGUUUCACACGCUCGAAGUUACACUGACACCAUCUCUUCUUUACAAAUGGCAACAACAAAAGUGAUGUGAAAUGGCAACAACAAAAGUCGCUGUCUGCUAGGCACUGCCGUUCAAGCCCACUGUGGCUUUGGCAGGCACGAUUCUGCCAUUUGUAUGAUUCUGAAGUCAUCAAUAAGGUAUUAUUAUUAUUAUUACUCAAUUCAGCAUUUGUGAAGACGGAGUAGAUAACGUGUCACCUAAGCUUAUGCGUACACAAUUCUAGACAUCCUGAAAUUGAGGCAAUUUGCCAAGACAUAUUGAUCAGUGAAAAUUAGUCAGUGUACUUAGUAAGAAUAUGUAGAUUGCAACCAAAAAUUUUGGGAAACCUGAGGCAUAUUUUUUAAAAAUAAAUCACUCAAGAGAUAUCUAACGUUAGUGUUAAACCGCAAUAGCGGAAUAAUGUUUCAGGGUUAGGUAAAACGGUCGAAAAUUAUGUAGGCAUUGAAAACUUGAUUAGGCCAACAAUAAAAUAUAUCAUGGAAACAGGCUGCCCAACGGUGGACGGGACACCCAUCUUCGUCACUUGAAUUCAGAAAAGCCAUAAACCACUCGCUUUACCAUGCUUCAAUAAUAAUCUCGUCGUACAAGUUUGUAGAAUAUGUGGUAUUGAGGAAAUCAUUCCACGCUUUGGAAGGCGGUGACUAGAUUAGACAUCACUUACGUUUUACAGGGGUUAAGACGAAUUUUCAGGUACCAUUAUCUGUGUCAGAACUUUGCCAUUAACUGUGGCGUUUCAUGACACUAAAGCAACAGUAAUUUGCUUAAGCUCGACUGGUAAUUUGGUUAAGCCGCAAUCCGCGAUUCCCUCUGACAUCUGAACUUGGCUCCAUGAGCGGUCUGGAUGGGCAGAGUAGCUCUGGCUACGUAAGCUGCAAAUGACCGAUGCUUCGGGGAUACACACAGCUAUUCCAUUGUUGACAAUCCCAUACAAACCUUUAUACCAGCGCACCAAUAACUCUACGACAUUUGAAAGCGUGACCACAAUGUGUUGAAUAAAUUUCAUA